UGAGAUAACAAACUUGUAGGACUUAUCAGUACCAUAAUUAUAACACUUUCAGAGAGAUCAGGAACUCGUACAUCACACGUCCAAGAAUAAAGAUUUUCUUUAAAGGACUGACGUGAAGAUUUUAUUUUGAUAGACGUUUAUAUGAAGAACGAACAUUGAAGGACACAUAAGGCAACCGGAUCAAUCGAUCAAGACGAGGAACACACCUAAAAAUGGUACAACUAGAAGAAGCUACAACUAGCUUUCAUGGCGGCCCCGAAGACGAAGAGGAACCUACACCACUAUGGAAGCUGAUCCUCGUCGCAGCCAUCGCCGCGGGUGUCCAGUUCGGCUGGGCACUUCAGCUGUCUCUCCUAACUCCUUACGUCCAGCUUCUCGGCAUUCCACACACAUGGUCCGCCUACAUUUGGCUCUGCGGCCCCGUCUCCGGCAUGCUAGUCCAACCAAUCGUCGGUUACUACUCAGACCGCUGUACUUCAAAGUUCGGACGCAGACGUCCCUACAUUAUUGGCGGCGCAUGCUUUGUAGCAUGCGCCGUCGUUUUAAUAGGCUUUGCGGCUGACAUUGGCUAUGCUGCCGGUGACAAUUUGUCGAAGGAGUUGAAGCCUCGGGCUAUAACGGUCUUCGUGGUCGGGUUUUGGAUACUGGAUGUUGCGAAUAAUAUGUUGCAGGGGCCGUGUCGGGCCAUGCUUGCGGAUUUAUGUAAGGAUGAUAAGGCUCGGAUGAGGAGCUGUAAUGUGUUUUUUUCGUUUUUUAUGGCGGUUGGGAAUAUUUUGGGCUAUGCUGCGGGAUCUUACAAAAAUUUGUACAAGAUUUUUUCGUUCUCGAAGACUGAUGCGUGUGAUGUGUAUUGCGCGAAUUUGAAGUCGUGUUUUAUAAUAGCGAUUAUAUUUUUGAUGACUAUGGUAGCUGUGGCGACAAGUUUAGUGGCAGAGAAGCCGAUAACAGUUGAUGAAAUUGAAGACGAUAGCUCGAAGGGUGGGAUUCCGUUUUUUGGAGAAAUAUUUGGGGCGUUUAAGGAUUUAUCGAGGCCGAUGUUGUUGUUACUGCUCGUGACGUGUUUGAAUUGGAUAGCGUGGGAUCCGUUUCUGUUGUUUGAUACGGAUUGGAUGGGGAAGGAAGUGUAUGGGGGGACUCCGAAUGAAGGGAAGGCUUACGACAGGGGAGUCCGGGAAGGAUCACUGGGACUGAUGCUUAAUUCCGCGGUGUUGGGGUUAACAUCGUUGGUGGUUGAGUUUACAAUACACGGGGUUGGUGGUGUGAAGAUCUUGUGGGGGGUUGUCAACUUUAUUUUGACAUUCGGGUUUGCUAUGAUGAUGGUAGUGACUGAAGUUGCCUCGAAUCAGCGAAAAUAUGGUCCUGAUGGGGAACCUCUCACACCUUCGGCUGGGAUCAGGGCCACUGCUCUUUUUAUCUUUGCAAUAUUGGGGAUACCUCUUUCGGUGACUUACAGCAUUCCAUUUGCUCUAGCGUCUAUAUUUUCUGCCGAUUCUAAAGCAGGACAAGGUCUCUCCCUGGGGGUUCUCAAUAUCUCGAUUUGUAUACCACAGAUCCUAGUUUCUGUGACGAGUGGACCAAUAGACGAGGCAUUUGGAGGCGGGAACUUGCCAAUGUUCGCAGUGGGGAUGGUUUGCGCAUUAGUUAGCGGCAUCUUGGCCAUGGUUUUGAUCCCCAAGCCUGAAGAUAACGCAAUUGAUUUAACACUCACACCUGUGCGCCAGUACUGAAAGAGUAUAAACCACACUGACGCGCAGUAUAUGGUUGCGUGAUCAUUAAUAUGUACGGAUAGGAGACUGCAGCCGCCAAGAAUUUUAUACUUUGUGCUGGCCGGGUUCCUCAGAAUAAUUAGAAUGCUUCGAGACAUGAAAAUGUAUUACAUUUCCAGGGCGCAGUGCAGAGCUGCGUGUUUUGUAUCGAGAAGUGAUUACCUAUCUGCGAUAUGGCAAAAUAAUACUCGUAAAUAUAAAAGGUUAAACUCUGAAUGCGGUCAGAAUGAACGGGACCGACAGAGGAUGAUCUUUGUUUGUAAAUGAAAUAAGUUGUGUUAGGCAUGAGUUUAAGUAAUUUUUUAAAAUUUUAAUUUUCUUGU